CGGGGGCAACACGUCCUGGGAGAGUUAGACGGAAGCACUGGGACUGACACGUGGACUUGGGCGGUGCUGCCCUGUGGGUUGUCCUAGGUCUGAGGUGGGNGGGCGCGGUACACAGCGGUGCCCAUGCCAUCCCAGCGCUCUAGCCUGAUGCAGCCAAUCCCAGAGGAGACCCGCAAGACCCCUUCUGCGGCAGCAGAGGAUACCCGGUGGUCCAGGCCUGAAUGCCAGGCCUGGACAGGAAUCCUGCUCCUGGGCACCUGCCUGCUGUACUGCGCCCGUGUCACCAUGCCCGUCUGUACUGUUGCCAUGAGCCAGGACUUUGGCUGGAACAAGAAGGAGGCUGGUAUCGUGCUCAGCAGCUUCUUCUGGGGCUACUGCCUGACUCAGGUGGUGGGCGGCCACCUUGGGGAUCGCAUCGGAGGUGAGAAGGUCAUCUUGCUGUCAGCCUCUGCCUGGGGCUUCAUUACUGUNACCACACCACUGCUUGCGCACCUCGGCAGCGGCCACCUGGCCUUCCUGACAUUCUCUCGAAUCCUCACCGGUCUGCUCCAAGGUGUCUACUUUCCAGCCCUGACCAGUCUGCUGUCCCAGAAAGUGCAGGAGAGCGAGAGAGCAUUUACCUAUAGCACUGUGGGUGCUGGCUCCCAGGGACAACAUGGUGUACCUGGUCCUGAAGCUAUCACUCUGAAAUCAUUUGUUCCCCUAGACCUUUUCCUGGCCCUGGGUGUCCUUGNACAAGGCCUACCUGUGACCAAGCCCUCCAAAGUGCCCUGGAGACAACUAUUCUGGAAGGCCUCUGUCUGGGCGGCAAUCUGCUCCCAGUUGUGCUCUGCUUGCUCCUUCUUCAUUCUACUCUCCUGGCUGCCCACCUUCUUCAAGGAGACCUUCCCCAACUCCAAGGGCUGGGUCUUCAAUGUAGUCCCCUGGAUGCUGGCAAUUCCUGCUAGUCUAUUCAGCGGGUUCAUCUCCGACCGCCUUAUCAGUCAGGGUUACAGAGUCAUCAAGGUGCGUAAGUUCAUGCAGGUCAUGGGCCUUGGUCUGUCAAGCAUUUUUGCCCUGUGUCUGGGUCAUACCACAAGCUUCCUCAAGGCUAUGAUCUUUGCAUCAGCUUCCAUUGGAUUCCAGACCUUCAACCACAGUGGUAUUUCAGUCAACAUUCAGGACCUGGCCCCAUCCUGUGCUGGCUUCCUGUUUGGUGUAGCCAACACUGCAGGGGCCUUAGCAGGUGUGGUAGGCGUGUGUCUGAGUGGCUACCUGAUCGAGACCACUGGUUCCUGGACCUGUAUGUUCCACCUGGUAGCCAUCAUCAGCAACCUGGGACUGGGCACCUUCCUGGUGUUCGGGAAGGCGCAGAGGGUGGAUCUGGUCCCCACUCAUGAGGACCUCUAACUCCCUGAUGAUCCAGUCUCACCCAGGACCUGAUGUCAGCAGCCUGAGGAUAACAACUCUAUCAGUGAAACUCUAAAUCUCCACCUCAGACGUAUGAGCAGACAGCAAGACCACAGUUUCCUGGGGAGGCCAGAGUACUCACAGGCCUGUGUCAGGAGGAGGGUCAUGGCUCCGAAGCUGCUUGCCACUCUCGCCCUCUCCCAGGUUCAGUGGGACUGCCUCUGUUACGGAAGCCACAUUGCUGCUGGGAGGUCUCACCCGCCACAGUGAGGGUUGUUUCCUGACAAGACUUCUGUGUUAAGGAUGUGUUGUGUGCUGGUAGAUGCUCAGGAGUGGCUCUGACCCCCGACCUACUCCUAGGGCACCUUCCUACCCCCAUCUCUCCAGCAACAAUAAUCUAAGAUGUCUAUAGACAUUAGACCAUGUCUCCAUAAGACAGGCCCNCUAGAAACACCAUUCAGAACCAUAGAGAAGCCAUGGUUUCUGCUUCUCUCCAGGAAUCAGGCUUGCCACUCCAGCUGAGCUGGUGUGCAGUGGACCAGGGGUCCUAGCUUGCCUUGCAGACCCCGGUUCCCGCCCUGUGGAUCUCUCAGCACUACUGAUGUGUCCUGGGUUGGCAGGUGCCUGGCAGUCCAGACAUCACAGACCCCAGAGCAAGGUGGACCCCCCCCACUUCUGACCUUGUUUUUCUACCUCCCCCCCCCCUUAUUUCUUGUAAAGCUUGUGGUUUCAUGAGCUGAUAAUGAAUUCUCCAAGAUGCCUAUUAGGUUUUCUUUAUA